UGUUUCUGAAAAAGGAUGAGGCACAACAUGGAAAAUUUGAAAAGUAUUGAAGUUGUAAUUCAAAAGAUGAAAGUUCUCAGCAAUGGCAGUUUCUGUGGAAAUGAAUUUAAAAACAAUGAGUUUCAUAAAUUAUGUUCAAAAAGUUACUCAUGUCACGAUUUUCUUAACAAGAGUGUUUUAAGUAUUAUGGAGUCAAGACUUGAACAAGUAAAGCAAACACCAGAUUUAUCAUUUGUCAAAGUCAAUGAAAUUUUAAAAGUUUGUGACUGUCAUGAAGAUAGUAAAUUUGAUCCUUUGCUCUGUUUAAAAGAUUUGUGCUAUCGUUUUAUUGUAACAUGUUUAAAUACUUUAGUUAACUUACAUGAUAUAAUCAAAUCAGAUGAUAUGUAUAAAAAUGAAACUGAUAUAUUAGGUAUAAAUGAUCAAAAAGUUAUCAAAGAUAUUUGUAAUUUAGUCAUUGCUUUUGGUAUAUUGCCUAAUUUACUUGAUGGUGUUGGUUUACCAGUUAAAAGCAAUCAUCGCCUAUAUAUUAGUAAACAUCCUAGAAAACUUUUUCUUGUUUUGAAGAUAUUUAUUUUUAUUUUACAAAAUGAGUUUUUAAUGGGCAUUUUAUUGCCUAUUUUGCGAAGUGAUCUCCUAGCUUCAUUAAUUCAGCUUUCCUACAAACCUUCAAAAAACAAGUUUCUAAAUUGCCCAUGCUUAACAAAUAGAGUUAUAUGCCAAUGUUGCAGUGAUAUCUGUGAGCAUGAGAAAGUCUGGUGUCAACAGAAACUUUUUUAUUUCUUAAAUUGUUCACCUCUGCCAUUAAUUGUUCGAGAACUUUUAGUAUUGCAAAGAUCAGAAACGGGAGGAAAGAGACCUAAGUAUGAAUGGUAUAAAAAUGCAAUUGGUGAUUUAAUAUCACAAUGCUUGAUGAGAAAAAAUGGUGUGAAUGCUGUUCUAACUGCUAUUCUCCAAAAUUGUGAUCAAGAUAAGUUAACUCCAGUACAGAUAAACACACUUGGUAAAGUUCUUGCAAAAGUGCCUAGGCAAAUUGAAACUAAAGAAGCAUAUUACAGUAUUAUCAUUCCUCAAGUUCUUGAUUUGAUAACGACUACACCUUCAAAAGAAGUUUCACACUUUAUUAUGGUUGCAAUCAAUUGCAUUGAAAAUAUAUUAGAAAACCAUUAUGACAUUGGAGCAACAAACAUUCAAGUUCAAGCUUUGUUCUCAUUAAAUAGUUUGUAUACUUCUGACUUUGUUGAAAUUGAUGAAAAUGAACUUUCAAAAGAGUUGCAACUUAUAUAUAAUGUUUGUGCUUCACAAUCAGUUGAAAACUUCAUUAUUUUGAUAACUAGGAAUAUACAUGCCUGUUUUGUAUUAUAUUGUAUGAUUGAUCAUCCUAUUAUAAAAAAAACGUUGAAGAAAACACUUGUCUCUAUUCUGUUAAAAAACUCCAUAAAAGACUGCACUGACUUUCUUGGGUUCUUUAUUUUACCCAAGAGUUCUCCUUCUACCCCACAAGUUUUACCUUGUGUAAAAAUAAAAUACAAGGGUAAAAAUGAUUGUUUUGAAAAUCAAAGUAUCACUGUCAUUGGUGAUCAUAAUAAUUUCUUUGAAGAGUUGCUUUCAUAUGCAGAAAUAACACUGGAUAAAAAAAUUAAAUCUUUGAUAAGCUUGCUUCAGAUUUCUUCGCUUGAAGAAAUACGAUGUGAAUUUUUUAUUGUCUUGCUUAUACGUUUGACCACUUUAAUUAAAAACGAACCUGAAAUGAAAAAAAACAAAUCUGUGCAAAUUGAUGAAAAAUCUGUACUCUCAGGUUGUUCAAUGGAACUCUUACAUAUUGAUAACCAAAUAGAAGAUAUCCAAGAAAAUAUAGUAGUUUUCAGUUUAAUAGCUGCUCUUAUGGACACAUUUGGACAUUCAGUUCUGAAAAAUACACCACAGAUUGUAAGUUUUGUUAGGUGCAUACUGAGUUGGUCAUGGUAUACAGAAGAAAAUUCUUUUAUUAUUUUGCACAAAGAAAAUGAGGCCAUUGACUUGUGUUUGUUAUUACUUUCAACAUUACUUGGAACUGGAAAGUUAACAAGUGCCGAUUUUGAAGUUAUGCAUGAGCUUCUUCCUGCACUAAAAAAUAUAUCACUCAAACAUGGAAAUCAGAGCACUCGCAAUAUGGCGAAUGAUUUACAUGUGUUUAUAGCAACAUACGGUGCAGUGACUUUACAAACCAGUUCUAAUAUUUCAAAUCAAACAGAUAAAAAAACAGAUUUUUCCAGUGACGCUGCUUACCAUGAUGCCAUGAAAGAUUUGCUAGAUCCUCUGCUUCCAACGAGAGGUCAUGCUCUAUUUCAGCUAUCAAAACUAUUGCAAAAGCGAAAUAAAUUGGCUGUCAAAAAUUAUGACAAGCUUCUAGAUAUCUUCGAGGCCAAUCUUUCUCAUGAAGAUACCUAUUUAUAUCUAGCUUCUUUAGAAGGGUUGCUGGCAUUAGUUGAUCUUAACCAUAAACAAGUGUUACCUGUUCUUUGUCAAAAGUUUGCACAAAUUCAAGGAAAGAACGAAAUUUUAUCAAGUGAAUUGCGCAUGAAAUUGUGUGAAGCUAUUGUAAAAUCAUGUCAUUUAUGUGGAAGUUUACUUCCUUCAUAUACUCAAUUUGUAAUACCAGCCCUUUUAAUUGGUGUGAAAGAUUCAGAUCCAUUUGUUCGAACCAGCAGUUUGUCUGCACUCGGAGAUGUUUCAGGGCUGCUACAAUUUAGUGUAGAUCCUUAUCUUGUUGAGAUUAUUUCUGCAGUAUAUCACGUUGUUUCAACAGAUAAAUCAUGUGAGGUACGGAGAGCUGGUAUUCAAGUGUUUUCUUUAAUGUUCAAGGGCAUGGGUACAAGAUUGCUUCAGAUUGUUUCCGCUGAAAUAAAAGAAGUUUAUCGUUUUUUAAAUUUGGUAGCACGAACUGAUGAGGAUGAACUCACAAGAGUACAUGCCGGAAACGCCUUAAACAUUUUAGACGACAUAAUGAAAGAAUUGCUUUCUAAAAAACCUUCUUUUCAAAAGAAAAUUCAAGUACUUCCUGAUAUUUAAGUUUUGAACGAUGCUUUUUUUUAGGUUUAAAGUUUCUGUUUUUAUUGUUUAAUUAAUUUUAAUAUCUUAUUUCUAUUUUUAUAUCUCAUUUAGUUUCUUAUAACAAACUAAAAAUAGAAUUUGUAAACAUAAAUGUAGCUAUUGACAAAAUGAUGAGUUUACAUUGUGUCGAUUGUUUCAGUUUUCUUUU